AUUUAGGAAUUCGAGAUUAUAUCAGUUAUUUGCGUAAUAACUGUCUUUAUAUAAGGAGAUAUAUUGUAUUCGUAGUAUUCUAUUUAGUCAAAUUGCGAACAAUGAAGCAAGUUAUUUUUGUAGUGGGUGCUAUUUUGGCUAGUUCAAAAGCUUUAUUUAUCACACCUCGCGAUUUGAUAGACGACGCUACGAAACAACUUGAAGAACUAAAAAGUAUUGUACAAGGACAAAUUCUUGUGGCUCACAGUGAUCUCCAACAAGUUCAACAAGACUUUCAAACCUAUGGAGCCAACUCGGCCGAAUCUGCUGCGGUGAACAUACAACAAGAGAAAGAUACGAUUGACUCGCAGUUGCAGACAAUCAAGGAUUUGGCCCAUUCCGCUGGUAAAGACGUUUCUGCAUGUACCGACAUCCGGGAAACAGUCCUCGACAGACUUCCUCGCAGUUAUGUAGAUGAAAUGAACCGCCACAUCGCUGGUUUAAUAUCAGAAGUUGGUACUAUUUUGAGUGAUGCUCGAUAUAUUGUUGAUAUUUCCAUCAAUAAGGUUCACAGUCUUGAACACCAACUUGAAAAAUGCAAAGGGGAUAUUUUGUGUAUUUCGCCGUUGAUUACUGAAAUCCAGAUGAAUAAAAUUCGACUUCCACAAAAUAUUAAAACAGAAGUUCAAGCUGCCGAAAGUUUGGCUGAUACAUUGAAGGUUUCUGUUAACGACGCUUCUGAGCAAAAUGUAGCUCAGUACACAAGUGAGGCCUCUUCGAUUCUUGGGGAUAUAACGGCUUGUGUUAAUAGAAUAAUUGGUUAAUAAAUUAAGUAAUUUUUGAAAAGUAUAAUUAUGAAGUAUAAUAAUUAGAAAAUAAAAAAACCGUGUUCAUUUUUACUAGA